CGUAGGCUGCCCCCUCUUCUCUGUAAACCGCCGUUCACCGUUUUCCAGUUAGAAACAAAACAAAAGCGGCGGGAGGAGCAAGGGAACGUGGCAGGGGCUGGAGUGUUGAAUCCAUCUGGAGAAUGAGCGGCGCCGUGUCAAACGGAGAAAAAAGAGACGAGCCAGCCAGCGUCUUAGUGUGAGGAACGGGAGGAUAACCGAGGGGUAGAACCGGGGGCCCUGAGGAUUGACUUUCUCCCCUGGUGCCUGUGUGGGAAGUGCCACACACUCUCCAAACCAACAACGGCUUUUGCAUGUAUUUUCCAGUGUUUCUUUUGUCAGCGAGUGCAGCAAAGUUGUAAUUCUUCAAGUGCCAGCCCAGAGCUGAAUGAAGAUCCACCAGCAGACAUGGUGAAGAUGACAAAAUCAAAAACUUUCCAGGCUUACCUGCCAAACUGCCAUAGAACUUACAGCUGUAUUCACUGUAGGGCACAUUUAGCCAACCACGACGAACUGAUAUCCAAGUCAUUUCAGGGAAGUCAAGGGAGAGCCUACCUCUUUAAUUCAGUGGUGAAUGUGGGAUGUGGUCCAGCAGAAGAGAGGGUUCUUCUAACAGGGCUGCACGCAGUGGCUGAUAUAUACUGUGAGAACUGUAAAACCACCCUCGGCUGGAAAUAUGAGCAUGCCUUCGAGAGCAGUCAGAAAUACAAGGAAGGCAAAUUUAUAAUAGAACUGGCUCACAUGAUAAAAGACAAUGGCUGGGAGUGAGCUCCAUGCACUGCCCUACUUUAGGUUAUGUCUGUGAUAUUUACAUUACAGAUGACGUGACAUAUUAACCUACGGAACUCGUUUUGGGCAAAUUGAAAAAAAAAUAUCAUUGAACUUUAGAGAAAAAAACCCAGAAAACCUAACCUCAGACUUGGAGAGCAGCUGAUGGUGGUAUUCUAGCUGGAGUGUCCAAAAAAAGGCUUUUCCUCCUCCUUUUUACACCUUGUCAAUUUUUUCUCUUCUAAAUGUUUUCUUCUUGUGUGUGAACAGUUGUGAACCCCCAUUGCUGCUGUAGGGGGUCUGCAAUGCAUUUGAAAGAGAUUUUCCCAACGUGCAAGUCCAAGAGACACAAUUCUCCUGUGAACCUGUGAAUACCUUAAUGUUGAUUUGAGGUUCUAUUUUCCUGCAUGCGUUUGCUCUGCGGUUUUCCUCCUGAUUCUCUACAUGCUGGCUGAGCAGUUGGGAAACUGAGGAAACCAUUUUGCUUUAGACAGGAAGAACAAGAAUCCUACGCACCCAGUUGGUUUUUCUCUAUCCUCACACCAUUUGCAGUCAGGAACGUAUUGCAGUGCAUUGGGUUCCACACAUAAGUGAGGAGGAGAAGCAGAAGUCACUGUACUUCAGACUUCACACCCUUUACUGUUGAAUGAAGAUUUUGGAAGACAGUGAGGACACAGUGGCUUUCACACGUCGUUUUCUAUUUACAAAUGUUUCUGUAAUGAAAGAGUCAGAGACUCUGUGAAAUUCCAGACUAACUGCAGGUUUAUGUGUCUAUUUGUGACAUUUCAAGGAAAAGCAGAGUCCUUAUGGGGAGUGGCCAGAUUGCAGUGAAAUAUGGAAGCGAUCAGGAAAGAACAGGCAGCAGCUGCCUCUCAAUGGGUCUUAUGGCAGGUUCCAUAAACCAUUCAGCAUUUCAUUGAAUGCACUGGACAAAGAGGACAAAAGGAAAUAAGUUAUUUGUGGUGGUUCUCCUUUUUGCGCACAAGCAUUUUAGGAAAUCUUUCCAUUCAGCGCAUUCACACAGCUUAGUCCUAAACUAUGGGAGCCCCCCGAUUCUUUCGUAACCAUGAAUCAAGUCUAUUUUUGGGUGUGGGUGGUUUGCUGGUUAAAUCAUAUCCUACAAAGUGUUUUAAGAAAUAUUAAGAAACAAUAAUAUAGAGGAAUCUAUUAAGAAUGAAGUACCCUGAUUAUUAAAUGUGCACAACUGCAGUCACUUUCAGUUCACAUGGGCUUUAUUAUCACACUUGAUGCACCAUUAUGCAAAC